AUGUCCCAAUGUCUUGAACCAGAAACCGGGUUGUACAACCUCCUCGGCAAUCUUCUUACAAACUCCCCUUUGUCCGUUACGGCUGUCUCCUGGAAGACUGGUUCAUCUAUAUCAAAGCCCAAUGCAGUCGCGUUCCGCUCUGUCUUGAAGGGAUUCAUCAUGGCGAUCGUGGAGCUUGUUCCCGUUGAAGUUGUUCCCGAAUUUGACGCGCUAGUCGGAGUGUGGAUCGCACUCUUUGGCAGGAGCGAGAGUUCCCCGGUUUCAGGCAUAUGUCGGCAAUUCUGGGAAGCAGACUUUCGUACCAGAGUUGCUCGACGAGCUAUAUUCGACAAAGAUUUCCCAUACAACUCAAGCCUCUCGCCCGCCUUCUCCGUGCUAGAACCAAGCCUACCUAAAUUUUGCUUUCGACUGUCAUCGUCAAAGAUGAACAAAAGGGCUCUUGACGCAGACGAUAUCCAGGUAGCUGCGGUCGCGAAGAAAUGCAAAGUUAACCAGGGGUUCAACGUGCAACCCGGUGACCACAGCAUCACAUCGAACGAUGACCGCAACCAGCUCAACUCCAUCACUACAGAGUCUCUUCAACAGCUACUGGAUUUCUCGCACCUCUCCGACGAGCAAUGCAUAAAGGCGCGCUUUGAUGUCGUAGCCAACGCCCUUCUACGCGACUUUCACUUUGUCCUAAAAUGCGAAAACGUGGAAACGGAGUUCCAGAUUUUAGAGCUGAACUUUUAUUUGCAGAAAGCUGGAUGCCAUGAGGACCCCCAUGGAGGCGAGGAACAGAAAAUCUGUGCGCGGUGGUACUUUCAUCGUCCUCCACGUCGCUCCGCAGAUUCAAACUGGAGCGCUACCAGUCUAACGGACUGCUACAGAGGUGGCUCGAGGAAGGGUAUGGAUGUGACCAUUGGUGGCCCCUCUCCAUCCAUCACCACCACGUCUCCAUACUUCGCACCCUCCGCUACAACUCCGAGUGCUCCUGGGCCAUCGAACUUGUCUUCCAGCAUGGAAAUACCACCCUUGCCACGCGGUGGCAUUCUCCUCAGAUCCAUCCGCAAACUCGGUCCAAAGCCCCAAGUGAUCUCAGGCCACUCUCUCUUAGUCGACCAAAUCCUCUUACUCAGCAGGGUAGCCUCCAUUUCCGAGUUGAUUGAGACCAAGUGGGCAGGAGAGAGGACUGCUUUUAUCCACAGUGAUAAUCCUGGCGCCGAUACCCCAUCUUAUAAACUCUAUCUCAAGCACUCCCCUCACAGCCCCGGCUUGAAGAUAUACAACUCCCCACGUAUUGGUCUUGACCUGUCACACCCGGGAACGACAGGCCCAGAAGUCAAGCCCCUCCACUCCCGCAUCCGGUUCUUGCCAAAGCGAUAUCGAUACUUCACCAAUCCGUCCAAACUGGUUGCCAACGGGCGCACCCAAACUUUCCUUGGCGUCCUCUAUUCAUGCAUCUUUUCACCCUCUAAUACUGGUCUUUGUUCUGGGUCUCUCCGUUCACCACCAUGA